AUGUCUCGGCGCGAGACACGGUCCACUGCGCCGUCGAGGGAAACCCGUAGUGCUCCAUCGAAGUCGAAGACCGCUGCCGCAAGCAAGCCGCCGUCCGUUGGUUCAAAACGGACAUCGACUAACAAGCCAGCCUCGAAGAAGGGAGCGGCUGGCUCAACCAAGCCCGCAUCCAGUCAACACGAUGCCGCACCUGAAGUGACCUCCAUGCCCUACGCCGAGCGACUCAGGUUAAUGAAGACCGCGUUGAAGCCGCAGCGGCCGGACCUGACAGCGAAAGAACUCGAUGUUCUGGCUCGCACCAUGGUCGCGGGGGCAAGCAAGGGAGGUAACGCAGAGAAGGAGCGUUUUGACGUAAUACAAGCAAACGUUGCCAACAUGAUGGCAGACGAAGAUGUCGGAGAGCACACAUCGGACGAGAUACUCGAAGAUGACGUGAGUCUAGAGGACCAGUCUCCUCAAGCUUCGAAGGGAAAAGGAAAGCAGCAAGCCAAGACGACCUCCCCUCCUCCAACCCGAGUGUCUCCCAAGCAGCGCAAGAGGAAGGCUCGCCAAGAUGAGGAGAAGGCGGGUAGUGCGGAGUCCAGCCCAGAGCAGCCCAAGAAGAAGCAGAAGAAGACACAGGCGACGGAUGACGUGUCUCCCGCGCCCGUUGAAGUGGAAGAGUCAGGCUCGGUGCGGUAUAAGAAGAAAGCUCAGGCUACGAAGAAUGUGUCUCCCGGACCUGGCGAUGUGGAGGAGGGUGAGACGACCAUGCACCGCAAGCCGGUGGAGAAGGACAAUACGGUGUCUAAGGACGAGGAUCGCGUCGCGUCUCUUCUAGCUCGCAAUUCAAACAAACCCAGAAGGACGCGUCGUGUUGGCCGGAGGGUGCUGGAGAGCAGCGAUGAGGAAGCUCUGGGCACGGAUGAGCAGCGAUCAUCCGAUUCAGAAGGUCCUCGUGUUACGGAAAGCAGCAGCCCCGAUCGACGUACAAAGCGGCCGCGUAAGCAGAAGACCAACUCGCCGUCGGUGCAUUCCCCCGUCAACAUCGACGAUUCGGGUGAGGACAGUAGUUCUUUCAAGCCGGCAGCCGACGAGAAGGACAACGAGAGUGAGGAAGAUGUGGGCGAGGUGCAUGGAUCAGAUGAUGGGUUGAUCAUCAAGGACGUUGACCAGCACAGUGGCCGGAAGGGCAAGAAGAAAGUGUUGCCGAAGACUCCCCGCGCGAAGGACACCGCGUCACAGUCGAGCGACGAUCCGUUGACGAAGGAGCCCAUGAAGAGCUUCCUGCAGCGGGCCGAGCCUACUGAGUAA